GUUUUUGCCAAGGGAUUUUGACCGUUUUUCAAAAAAAGCGUGUUCCUCAUAAAGGUUAGCUGGAUUAUGCAAGAUUCGUUCGCUGCAAUGCAGUGAACCCUACCUCUCUUUUUUUUUCACCAGGUCGCGCUGCUCGCUAACGGCGGUGACCCAAAAAUAACUCUUUCAUUCUGCCUUUGGAUGAGAAUAGAUUCCAUCUCCGCCUACAGUCUAAUAUCAUCACGUUGGCACGCCAGUCUCCUUUUUUCCUCUUUUAUUGAUUUGCUUUUUUUUUUUUUUACAUCUUUGCCCUCUUUUCGUUGUUUUGGUUUUAUUAUUUUUAUUUUUAUUUUUCUAGUCUAUUGGCUAAAGUCUAUAUAAUAAGCGAUGCUUUCAACCCAUGAAUCUAAAAUCAAACGUCUACUGGCCAAUCGGCAUAAAUAUCGACAUUCUCUCAGCGAAAAACUACCAAAACCCGGCUAUUGGUUCACUCCGUCACCGACCGACGAUCAGCGAUGGGAAUCAGCAUCGGCAUCACCAGAGCUCGAUCGUCCCACUCCAACCGUAGAGAAACAAACCCCGAAACCAUGGAGAAAACCACUGCCAAUAGACUGCCCUGUGUUUGAUUUCAGUAAUGACAAGACAUUGAUCGAAGAGACCAGUGAAUCGACCGGUUCGGUUGUUAUGCCAACCACGAUCCUCGUUACGCCACCUCAACCACCUACCCCGCCUACCCCGCCUAAGCCUAUCUCGGCCACCAUCCCUGCAAGACACACCAGUCGCUUCUAUGGCAACGAUCCGGAAGUACAAAUCCAAUUGGAACGCAUGGCGCAGGACGAACGAAUGAUUUUAUUAUCAAAAACAAUGCAGUUACAGCACACCACGAAACCUGACCCAUCAGGACCACCGCCUUUGCCUCCCCCAAGAACCUAUUUUGAAGUGGAGCCAGUGCAGCCAGUGCAGCCAUAUUGAUCCACUCAAAUAUAUUUAUAUGGCCUUGAAGAUACCAUCCCCUUUUUGACAAUUGCCUCCGUAAUUAAGCCGUCGGAUGUUCAAGUCUUGGCAACCGGGGAAAUUAUUUUUUUUCUGUACAACUUUCCAAUAAUGUAAAAAGUAAGC